AUGGUGACCCCCUGGCGUUUUUCUGUUAGGGUCUGCUUGUCGUACCUAAGAGGUUUUGAGCUCAGACAGGAACUCGGCCUUUUAAGAUCAUCUGGGUGCUCUCGUAAUGCCAGACUCUGUUGGCUUCUGCUUGGCACUUUACCCAAACUUAUCUCAGCCUAUGGAGACGUUGGUGAGGGGGGCCAUGAGAGCGUGUGCCAGCAAAGAGCCAGCUGGAGUGACCUAGCUGAAAAUGGGCCACCCCAGAGAGUCUCCCAAGAGGGGCCGCUAGGAUGCCUCCUUCUGCACCUCCGUAUCUGGCUCCGGGCUGGGGCUCUCUUGAUGAAAUUCUUCCCCCUCCUUCUCUUCUACCCCCUCACCUACCUGGCACCCAGCAUCUCCAGCCUCUGGCUCUAUCUGCUUCUGAAAGCCACGGAGACCUCGGGCCCAACAUACAUCAAACUGGGCCAGUGGGCCAGUACCCGGCGGGAUCUCUUCUCGGAGGCUUUCUGUGCCCAGUUCUCCAAGCUGCAUGUCCAGGUGACCCCCCACCCUUGGACUCACACUGAGCACUUCCUGCGGCAGGCAUUUGGGGAAGACUGGGGAAGGGUCCUCUGCUUUGAGAAGAAGGAACCUGUGGGUUCAGGCUGUGUGGCCCAAGUGUACAAAGCACGUGCAAAUCCCGCCUUCCUGGAGAAUGUCAGCAUCCAGAGACUUGCCGAGGCCUCCAGUCUGCAGCCUUCUUCAGAAGCUGGGGCAGUCCGGAGGCUGGGAGAGCUCUUUGGACCCCUGGGAAAGGGGUGGAAGUUUCAAGGAAGUCUUGCCGACCAGUCAUUUCUAGAAAGGCUGCUCCUCCCUAAAGCUGACCCGGAUGGAUCAAAUGCAGUCCUGUCUCAGUCUUCAGCACCUGCCCACCAAUCUGAGCCAGAUCACCUCAUCCCUGUGGCAGUGAAAGUGUUGCACCCUGGCUUGCUGUCUCAGGUACAGAUGGACCUGCUGCUGAUGAAGACGGGCAGCCGAGUCCUCGCGCUUUUGCCAGGAGUCAAGUGGCUGAGCUUGCCGGAGAUUGUGGAGGAAUUUGAGAAGCUCAUGGUCCAUCAGAUCGACCUGCGUUACGAAGCUCGGAACCUAGAACACUUCCAGUGCAACUUCCUGAAUGUGAAUUCCGUCAAAUUCCCCACCCCUCUGCGUCCCUUUGUCACCAGGGACGUCUUGGUGGAAACUUAUGAAGAAAGUGUGCCUGUGUCCAGUUACCAGCAGGCGGGGAUUCCUGUAGACUUGAAGAAGAAGAUUGCACGGCUGGGGAUCAACAUGCUUCUGAAGAUGAUAUUUGUGGACAACUUUGUCCAUGCAGACCUCCACCCUGGGAAUAUCCUGGUCCAGGGCGCCGACGGUCUUUCCAAGAGUCAAGAGGCACGGCUGCAGCAGGUGGAUGUCUGCGAUACCCUGGUGAUGGCCAUGACACCUGCCCCAUGCCCGCUGCGCCUGGUGCUGCUGGAUGCCGGCAUCGUGGCCGAGCUGCAGGAUGCCGACCUGAGCAACUUCCGAGCAGUUUUCAUGGCUGUGGCGAUGGGCCAGGGCCAGAGGGUGGCUGAGCUCAUCCUGCAUCACGCCCGGGCCAGUGAGUGCAGGGACGUGGAGCGGUUCAAGGCCGAGAUGGCCGCCCUGGUGACUCAGGCCAGGAAGAACACCAUCACCCUGGAAAAACUUCAAGUUUCCAGCCUUCUGUCGAAUGUCUUUAAGUUACUGAUGACUCACAAGGUAAAGCUAGAGAGCAACUUCGCCUCCAUUGUGUUCGCCAUCAUGGUGUUGGAGGGGCUUGGCCGCUCCCUGGACCCCAAACUGGACAUCCUGGAGGCAGCGAAGCCCUUCCUUCUGAAAGGACCAGCGUCCUCCCGCUGA